UGGUCUUUUUCGGAGUAACGAACCAAUGAUCUCUAAAUGCGCAGGUAUCCUUCUGUUGAUCAACAGCAUGCGGCAGCUGUUCAAAUCGUAAAAUUAUUUCCACAACUUAGUAAUACGCGAGUCACACCAACUGCUCCUGAUGAGUCAUUUUUCUUUUGGCGCAACGGAGGCAAGGAAAAGGGUGCUCAUACUGGCAUGAUAUUUCAUCGCAUCCGGAAUGUCAUCAAACAGCUACCUGCAGAAAAACAUAAAUAUAAUCGAGGAACUAUGCCUGUAGAAGAGUCCGUUUCAACUGAACUUGUAGAGCGGGCUCAAUUGCUCCGAGUAAUGCUUGCAUCGGCAUCAGUAGCAGAACAUAUUUGUGAUGAAAUGGACCGAUGCUUUCCAGUCCUCAAACUGUUAUUAAAAGAAAAGAAACCCGUUAAUGAUAUCUUGGAUAUGUUUCCACACCUGUGUUCAUAUGAAGGAUUGGUGAUUCGUCAAAUGUUUGAGAGAUUGUAUCCUAACAGAACAAAAGGUCUCAAAAUCGAGGAUGUCUUCUCUCAGUGUCUAUCUUAUUCACCGUCCAGAUUCUCUAGAGUAGAAGAUGAUCACAUUCGAGGAUGCUUGAGAAUAAUUUCUCAUAUGCCAAUUCGCGGACAAAAAAGAACGCUGGUAGGCUGUCCAACUGUAGGCGAAGAACAUUCGGCUUCAAUUUUAAUUCGUUGGAUUGGGGUAAAUGCAAUAUAAUAUACAUAAGGUUAGAUGUAAUGAUUUUAUAUCAUCAUUAGGAGUGCUUAGAUACAUACAUGGCAUCCCCCGCAACUGAUUCCAUACUACACAUGGUGUGCGUAGCAAGCCCGAUGAAAAGAGGAAAUUAUGCCGUCAUUUGUGAGAAAAAAGUUAUAUUCGAGACUAACAAUUCUAUUCAUGCAGUGGAAAUUUUAUUCAAAUGCCACGCAGUUCUCGGAGUGGAGGUGCCACCUAAUUUUAGAAUGUUUUGGGACUUUCUGGCAUGUGCCAUAUAUAAUAUAAUUCCGCACAGUCAGAGGACAACUGUGAAUAGACUCGUCCAAACUUUUAUUGAAGUUUCCCGCGCACGUAUUGACAACAAAUAAAAGGACAACUUUUUUAUACAAUACUUACUAAAAACCAUAAAAUUUAAUAAACAGAAGUUUCUUUAAUUAUUAUUGUAAAAAUAUUCCAUAAGAAAAGAAAGACUGCAUUGUGUUGUAUCCAAAACAAAAUUUUGACGGCCAAUUUCUUCACUGGAUGUAAACCGGUUUAGUUCCAGUUCAAAUGCAACAAUCGAUCAUGAACCAAUUUAAAUAGGAA